UGUCUCUCUGUGUGUUGCAGUCCUGUGGCAUUAUGCAUGCCCCCAACCAGUGACCUCCAGACUUUUUAUGGCUGUGAGACACGUUAAAAGUUCAGGUUGGCCGACUGAGGAAGGAAAGCAAGUGAUCUUUAUGUUGCAGCUGGGAAACCUAUCUCAGUACAGGUAAGAAGUGACCUUUUGAGGUGACUAUAACAGAAGAUUGCUUUACAGAAGCCAAAAAAGGUUUUUGAGUCAUGAUGCAAGAAUCUGGGACUGAGACGAAAAGUAACGGUUCAGCCAUCCAGAAUGGGUCAAGCGGCGGCAACCACUUAUUAGAGUGCGGCGGCCUCCGGGAAGGGCGGCCCAACGGGGAGACGCCAGCCGUGGACGUGGGGGCGGCCGAUCUGGCCCACGUGCAGCAGCAGCAGGCGCUUCAAGUGGCAAGACAGCUUCUUCUCCAGCAGCAACAGCAGCAAGUUAGUGGAUUAAAGUCUCCCAAGAGGAAUGACAAACAACCAGCCCUUCAGGUUCCCGUGUCAGUGGCUAUGAUGACACCUCAAGUUAUCACUCCCCAGCAAAUGCAGCAGAUCCUCCAGCAACAAGUGCUGAGCCCUCAGCAGCUCCAGGUUCUCCUCCAGCAGCAGCAGGCCCUCAUGCUUCAGCAGCAGCAGCUUCAAGAGUUUUAUAAAAAACAACAGGAACAGUUGCAGCUUCAACUUUUACAACAACAUGCUGGAAAACAGCCUAAAGAGCAACAGCAGGUGGCUACCCAGCAGUUGGCUUUCCAGCAGCAACUUUUACAGAUGCAGCAGCUACAGCAGCAACACCUUCUGUCUUUGCAGCGCCAAGGCCUUCUAACAAUCCAGCCGGGGCAGCCUGCCCUUCCCCUCCAACCCCUUGCUCAAGGCAUGAUUCCAACAGAACUGCAGCAGCUCUGGAAAGAAGUGACAAGUGCUCAUACGACAGAAGAAACCACGGGCAACAAUCACAGCAGUUUGGAUCUGACCACGACAUGCGUCUCUUCCUCUGCACCUUCCAAGACCUCCUUAAUAAUGAACCCACAUGCCUCUACCAACGGACAGCUGUCAGUCCACACUCCCAAAAGGGAAAGUUUGUCCCACGAGGAGCAUCCCCAUAGCCAUCCUCUGUAUGGACAUGGCGUAUGCAAGUGGCCUGGCUGUGAAGCAGUGUGUGAAGAUUUCCAGUCAUUUCUAAAACAUCUCAACAGUGAGCAUGCGCUGGACGAUAGAAGUACAGCCCAAUGUAGAGUACAAAUGCAGGUUGUACAGCAGUUAGAGCUACAGCUUGCAAAAGACAAAGAGCGCCUGCAAGCCAUGAUGACCCACCUGCACGUGAAGUCUACGGAACCCAAAACUGCCCCUCAGCCCCUGAAUCUGGUAUCAAGUGUCACACUCUCCAAGUCUGCAUCAGAGGCUUCUCCACAGAGCUUACCUCAUACUCCUACGACCCCCACUGCCCCCAUCACUCCCGUCACCCAAGGCCCCUCCGUCAUCACCACCACCAGCAUGCACACGGUGGGACCCAUCCGCAGGCGGUACUCAGACAAAUACAACGUGCCCAUCUCUUCAGCAGAUAUUGCGCAGAACCAAGAAUUUUAUAAGAACGCAGAAGUUAGACCACCAUUUACAUAUGCAUCUUUAAUUAGGCAGGCCAUUCUCGAAUCUCCAGAGAAGCAGCUAACACUAAAUGAAAUCUAUAACUGGUUCACACGAAUGUUUGCUUACUUCCGGCGUAACGCUGCCACAUGGAAGAAUGCAGUGCGUCAUAAUCUUAGUCUUCACAAGUGUUUUGUGCGAGUAGAAAACGUUAAAGGGGCAGUAUGGACAGUGGAUGAAGUAGAGUUCCAAAAACGAAGGCCACAAAAGAUCAGUGGUAACCCUUCCCUUAUUAAAAACAUGCAGACCAGCCACGCCUACUGUACACCUCUCAAUGCAGCUUUACAGGCUUCGAUGGCUGAGAACAGUAUACCUCUAUACACUACCGCUUCCAUGGGAAACCCCACUCUGGGCAACCUAGCCAGCGCCAUACGGGAAGAGCUGAACGGGGCGAUGGAGCACACCAACAGCAACGAGAGCGACAGCAGCCCGGGCAGAUCCCCUAUGCAAGCCGUGCAUCCUGUACAUGUCAAAGAAGAGCCCCUGGAUCCAGAGGAAGCUGAAGGGCCGCUAUCCCUAGUGACAACAGCCAACCACAGUCCAGAUUUUGACCACGACAGAGAUUACGAAGACGAACCAGUACAUGAGGACGUGGAGUGAACAUCUGGGCAGGCCGACCCCAAGAGCGUGAAGAUUUGGGGGGGGGCACACAAGACAAAACACGUCAAAAGUUUGCAGUGAAAUCGUUCUCCAUUGGUUGUACAGUGUGGAGGAUUUUUCACUGCAUUUUGACAACUCUGCAAUGUGUUAACUCUUAGUGCCAUCAAGAAUCCCAUUUGGGAGUAUUUUUGAUUUUUCUACUUUUUGUUGAAAAAAGGAAUUUGUACUCUGUGCAUUGGAUGGACUUGUUUGGUACUGGGGAUUUUCCUCUCUUAACAGUCAACAUCAGUGUUGUAAAUUUGCUAAACUGAUUCACUUUUAGCAGCAGACUUUGAACUGCAGUCCUGCCGACAUUGGACAGUGAGGACACCCAACUGAGCAUGUGCACCUAAGCUGCAGACCACGCCUCUGCCCAGAAUUUAAGGAUUCCAAUGGACGACCUAUUUGCACAGUACUGCAUGUUGAUUAUCACUGCCUUUACUCCAUUUUUUUUUUUUUUUUUUUUUUUUUUUUGCUUCCAGUUGGGAUGGGGAAGGCCUUUGUGUGUGUAUUGGGGGGAGGGUUUAAAAAUAAUUAUCCCAAACUUUUUAAUGUAUUGCUUUUUUUUUUUUUUUUUUGGCUUCUCCUAUACCAUUUUAAGUUCUGACCUCAGGCUUCCAUUCGGGCCCACGGCCUCUUGGAGGCUUCAAGUUUUCUGUACCUUGUGAUGAAUGUUAAUAGGUGUUUUUAUUAUACGAAGCUGAAUGUCAUUUCUCGUUCGUAGUUUUCUGUCACUCAUUCCAUGUCCCUUCAGACAUCACCACUGUUUUCUCGAAAGUCAGAAAACAUUCCGUUUUGAUCUUUUGCAAAAAGGUCCCAAAUGCUGCACUCUACACGUGAAGGUCCUCUCACCCAGACGUGAAGUUCCUGCCAGAAAGAGAAUGAAUGACAGAAAAAAAAAAAAAAAACAGAGACACCCUAGGAACCAUGCAGAUUCAUUCCAUGAAGCAGUAUUGGAAGGUGGGAAGGGGGUUGUUUCAGAGUUUCCUCUUUUUUUUUUUAAUAUUGCACCUACCAUCAUUCUUAAUAAAUGCCACAGCAUUUACCAGCACAAGGAGACACAGGCAGCAGCCCCCUUACCCCCAAAGCAAAACAAACAAAAGACAAACUCUCACAGUAGUUCGACUGACAGUGGCUGUGGAAGCCCGUCCCUGGGAUGACCUAGUUGAGAUGGGCCUCAGGCUCUCGCAGUUGUUCAAACCAGUGUGGGUUGCUUUGUUUGCAAAAUGGCCCAAAAGCUGGCUUCCCUGAGCAACUGUGCUGAAAGUCGUGGUGGCCCCAAACCGAAACAUCCAUUCAGACCUGCUUGGUGGCAUUCAUGUGUCUGAAUGCAAAUUAGAUUUCCGAUUGAACUUGCUAUGCGAGUUAAUGAGAACUGGGUUCAGCAAAUGCUAAAGUGUUAAUUUCCAAUGUGCAGGUUUGGUAUAGCAGUUCAGCAUGGGAGGCAGUACCAUCCCACCAACCCAGUCCCAAAAACCAACAGGAGAAGACAUCAGGCAGAUGGGGGCACAGCUCAGCCCUGGGCUUUUGGGGAAACACACGUGGCGCACAGAACAUAACAGUCAUGGGUCAGUACAGCCUCAGUCCUUGGAACCCCUGAACGCUUCCACUCUGCACCCCUUUCCUGUCACUCAUUUAUUUACCUAGGAGUGUAGCUUUUGUUUUAGUUUAAGAGCCUUUUGGAGCUUAAUUUAUAUGCUUUGUACCUCUUUUUUUUUUUUUCCCCUAAAAUUACCAAAGAUAUUCCACAAAGGUAAAUUAUGUUCUCUGUUUUUAUGCUUUAUCUGAUGAAGCCAAAUAUCCUCUUCUUGUUGAUCAAAGGAGGCAAAAUAAUUUAGAGGCAAUUGAUGAGAUACAGGCUAUUGCUAACUUAAGAGAACUGCUUCUUCAUCAUAGAGGACAUUUAGAAGACCAAGUAGGUAAUGGAACCAAAGUUGUUACUUUUUUUUUUUUUUUUUUCCUUCAGUCCUCGGUUUUUGUUUUUGUUUUUUCCUUCUGUAGCUCUACAGAGACCAAAACGCAUUCUUGUAAAGAGAACUUAUGGGGCUACUGAAGAGAGAAAUAGGACACAGUAUUAAGGGAGCAAUAGAAGGAAGGGAUUACCAUCUCCAAGAAGAAAAACCAAUGUACGGCACAUGAAACUUAGGGGGUGUCCAGUCCAGGAGACAGUUAAGAUACAAUGAAGGUAAAAUUCAGAGAGAACAGAACAGCUUCCACAAUUGAACCAGACCGCAUAAUGUAGUAUUUCUAGAAGACAUUUCUUUUUCAAAGAAAGAUUGUAUGCCACUUUUGUUUAAGGACUGUGCUAUGAUCACUGCAUUCAUUUGGGUUUAUCUUGGCAUAUAUAUCCUCUGGGUUUUUGUUUUUGUUUUUUUUUAAAAGGUUUCCUUUUUUUCCUUCCUUUUUUCCGGAUUAGGCUUGCGUCAGCAUUUUUCAUUUAAAAAAAAAAGUAACAUUCCCGUCCACUCACAAGCUUGGUACAAAAACUUCUCUGGCAGUUCCUUUUGAAGCUUCACACUGCUUUCUCUAUAAAGAGCAGUCUGUGGUCACUCGAGACUUACUUUUUUUUUUUUUUUUUUUUUCAACUUUUCCAGGCAGCGUCAUGAUGUGCAGGCAGUAGCCAGACAGGGUCAUGGGAAGGGGGCCCUGUGCUUCUAAACUGAGUGGUUGCUGGUUAGUUUGGUAUUCAAAAGAGGAUAAAAAUCUGGUAGAUUAGUUCAUUCUCAGCAUGUGUAGCUAGACAUGAGUAAAGUUAACAGCAUGAGAAACUGUUAGUACGCAUACCUCAGUUCAAACCUUUAGGGAAUGAUUAAAAUUUUAAAAAAAAAUACAUUUCACUCAGUUGCACUUAGUCGUAUGUCUUGCAUGCUUAGUCUAAAGACUGUAGCAAAAAGAAAAAAAAAAAGAAAAAUUAGCUUUUACAUAUCUUUGCAGGUAUCACAGCCUUGCAGAAGAACCAACUGAAAAAAAAAAUUUCUCAGGCUUUACAGCAAGCAAACUUCACUCUGAUUUUUCCAAUUCUGAUUCUGUAUCCCUUGGGGGUAUCCCAGUUGCUUCUUUAGGAUGGGGUUUAUUAUGUUGUACAUAUAUCCCGAUGUGUCUGUGUGACUCUUUGUCUUUUUUGGGGGAGGGCGGAGGGUGGUUCUUUUUUUAGAUAUUGUUCCUAAAAAGGAAUAAAUGCAUAUACACCUGUUUGUCAAAACACCUUUGCUUUUUGUGCAACUGCUUUAUAUUAACGAUACUUUAAAAAAAAAAAAAAAACCUUUGGAAAAAAAACUACUGUAUGUAAUGGAAUUGCAGAAUAUGCUGCACAUGUAUUUUAUUUAGUUAUUCUUGCUUUCAGAAUAUUGGAUGACAUUUCCUGACAUGUGGGAGGGAGAAACUCCCAAAUUUCUUUUUUUUUUUUUUUUUUUGGCUUUUAAAAUUGUAACAUAGUGACAGAUUUUUUUUUUUUUUUUCUUUUUUCCUGUUCUCAUUGAUCGGAGCAUCUUGUACAGGUUUUUUUGGUGUUUGUGCCUGCCGGUGUGAGUUCCUCUGUUUUUUGAUACAUUCCUAUCCCUUGUGUUUAUCCUACCAUUGCCUUCCUGGCUAUCUUAAACAAGUUCAUGCGUUUGAAAAGAGAAAAAAAAAAAAAUGUUGUUUUAAACAAUGUUUUCUCCUGCUGCAGUAAAUAUUUUGCAUGAUGAAAUUCCAGGGUCACACUUUCAAAGUUUAUCAGUGAAGUAGUGAUUAAUCAUGGGGAGUGUCAAAGCUAUUGAACUUUUUGUAUAAAAACAAGAAAAAAAGAAAGAAAACUUUACAAGGUGCCAAGAUGUACAGACAAUUUGUUGCUUUUUUUUUUCCCCAAAGAAAAGCGUACCUUAGGGAGAACGGUCCCUUGUACCGGGCAAAUGCACUGUCAGGAAUGAGGAUCCAUCCUACUUGUUGUCCCUAGAGUCUGUCCUUGUAAGACAAGUUCACGCUGCCUGCAUUGAACCAGCAGUGAAAGGAAACAUCAAGGCUUAUGAACGGGAAGAGUGACCGCCAGCCCUGCCACCUUCGGACGGCUCCGACCUGAUUCCCCGCGUUCCGUCAGACCUAGUAAAGACACCUCGGAUUCUUCACCCAAAAUAUGAUGUCCAUCACUAGCUAUUUUAUCCCGGAAAAAAAAAAAAAAAGUUAAAGAUUUCCUCUCCUUUCCGCAUUCCAGCUUGAGCUCCGUUUCCAAGGGUACCAAGAAGAACAUGCUUGUCGGGAUUUUGAAUCUUUGGGGGACCUUUUGGUUCAUGGUAGACCCUCUGGAUAUUUUGGAUGUUUCUGAGAGUCGAUUUUGGCUUUUCUCUCCUGAGAAAUGAGACUUAUAAUUCCAAAGGCAUUUUGUGGGCCCGGUGUAGUUCUCAUGAUCUCUGCUACCCAGAAGCCUGCAUGGAGAUGGUACAGCCCGGACUGUCAGCGUGGUGCUCCGUGGAGAUGUGCUGCCAGUAACAAGAAUUUUUUUUUUUUUAAUUUCGUUUUGUUUUGAUAAGGCAUAAAAGGAACUCAUUCCGUGACAUCAACUGUAAUUCCAUCAUUCCGUGUCUGUGGAUACAGACAAUAAAAAAAAAAAAAAUGUUGUGUAGUCAGUACUAAUGACUGACAUGAUCGCAUUCUCAAAUGCAAUAAAAAUGCUGGUUGUUCACACUGGUAGUAAAAGUCG